AGAUAUUAAUCCACACAUUCCUCAGUAUAUUGCAAGUGCACCUUGGUACUUUGGGUCAAAAGGUCCUACCUUAAAACAUCAGCGUCCUCAACCUGAAAAACAAAAGACGUUCAGUACCAUUGGAGAUCAUUAUGUUCGAGGAGAAACGCUUGGAGUAGCUUCCAGAUUUAGAAAAGGAGCUUGUGAGAACUGUGGAGCCAAAACUCAUAAAAAGAAAGACUGUGUUGAGCGACCAAGAAAAGUUGGUGCUAAGUUCACAUCGGAAGACAUUGCUCCAGAUGAAAUACAUCUUCCCGAUUUAUCGUUAGAUUAUGAUGGGAAACGUGACAGGUGGAAUGGCUAUGAUCCCUCUUGUUAUCAGGCUAUUGUGGAAGAAUAUGCUAAAGUAGAAGAGGCAAAACGACAACAAAAAGAAGAACGUUUAAAACAAGAUCUUUUGUCUGGAGAGAUUACAGUAAUCAGAGAACAGAAUAAUGACAUGGACAGUGAUAUGGAUGAUGAUGAAGAGAAAUAUGCCGACAAUGCUGAUAUGCCUGGGACUAAAGUAGACAGCAAACAGCGAAUUACUGUUCGAAACCUACGGAUUCGUGAAGAUAUUGCUAAGUACCUAAGGAACUUGGAUCCCAAUUCUGCAUACUACGAUCCCAAAACUAGGUCAAUGAGAGACAACCCUCACAAAGGUACAAAGAAUGAUCCAGAGGAGUUGCAAUUUGCUGGAGAUAACUUUGUACGUUUUACUGGAGACACACUGCAACAAGCCAGAGAGCAGUGUAAGUUUUACUGUCUGUAA